GAGAGAGAGAGAGAAAGAGAGAGAGAGUUAGACCCUGUUGUUAGGGUUAAGAGCAUAAAUAUAUGCCAGCUCUCUUGGGUUUUGUCUGAAAUUUCCAUCUGAGGUUGUUGUUGAACUCAUGUGUGCGUUGUUGAGCUUUUCUUAAUAGACAUAAGAGUCAACCGUGUCCGAGAGAGAAAGGGAUGUUAGAGAAAAUGGCCUCACAAGAAGUGAUCCCGAAUGGCUUUGCUCAUCAGAACCCAAGUCUUCCUGGAUCCAAUCCUCCACCACCUUCCACCACCAAGAAGAAAAGAAAUCUCCCUGGAACUCCAGAUCCAGAAGCUGAAGUUAUAGCUCUAUCGCCAAAGACCCUGAUGGCCACGAACCGCUUCUUGUGUGAGAUAUGCGGAAAGGGGUUUCAGAGGGACCAGAACCUUCAACUUCACCGGCGGGGGCACAACCUGCCGUGGAAGCUGAAGCAGCGGAGCACCAAGGAGCCGAGGAAGCGCGUGUACGUCUGCCCCGAGAAGACGUGCGUCCACAACCACCCGUCAAGGGCGCUCGGGGACCUGACCGGGAUCAAGAAGCACUUCUGCCGGAAGCACGGGGAGAAGAAGUGGAAGUGCGAGAAGUGCUCCAAGCGGUACGCGGUUCAGUCGGAUUGGAAGGCGCACUCCAAGACCUGCGGCACUAGAGAGUAUCGGUGCGACUGCGGAACUCUCUUUUCGAGGCGAGACAGCUUCAUAACUCAUAGAGCAUUCUGUGAUGCGUUGGCCGAGGAGACCGCGAGAGUCAGUGCCGCCUCCGCCAUGAACCCGACGACCGCCUACCACUUCAUGGGCGCUUCGCUCCUCCCUCCGAACCUCCCACCAAACUUGCCUUCCAUCUUCAAACCAAUCUCAAGCAACAUGAGCACCGAGCCCAUGAUGAAUCACCAAACCAGAAAUGGUGGUGUCGGUGGUGGUGGUGGACUUUCUCUAUGGAUGGGUCAAACCUCUCAACCCCAAGAAUCAUCACUAGGCAUCAAUUUGCAAGAGAUUCACCAACUUGGGCCUCUCGAUAAUCCCUCAGCAACACAUUUGUAUGCCGACACCACAUGCCCAAACAACCACCCUCCGCCGUCGGAUCACAAUCUGAGCAGCUGGGUCUUCGGAAGCAGGUUCUCAUCAAGCACUGCCUGUGAGGACAUCAGCAUAAACCCUCCUCCACUUCACCACAUGAAGGAAGGUCCAAAUCACUAUCAUCAUCAGAACAACAUCCUAAGCGUCCCUUCACUAUACAGCACUCAGCAUCACCAACCAGCUUCAUCUCCGGCGAACAUGUCCGCGACAGCUCUCUUGCAGAAGGCGGCACAGAUAGGCGCCCCGUCAGCCACGAAGCCAUCUUUCUUGGGGGGCUUUGGGUUGAAGCCCAGCAACAAUAAUUGUCAACAACCUCAAGAUCAAGAUGAUAAGUUUUGCGGGCUUUUUGGGUCAAACCAAAUGCCAAGCCCUGAGACUGCAGAGGACAUAGCACUGAGCACAUUGCAAGCAUACCCACCACCCGCGAAGCGCAGGAACAUCGCUCACAGUGAUGAGAACAAUGCUUCUUCUGGAGGUGGGCAAACUAGGGAUUUCUUGGGCGUCGGAGUGGGCGUGCACACCAUGUGUACCCCUCCAUCCAUCAAUGGUUGGAUAUGACCCUGAUGAUGAUGUUGAUGGUGACGGUGAUGGUGAUGGUGAUGGCGAUGAUGAUCAUGAACAGUGCGCUCAUGCAAGAAAGAAAAAAGGCAAUUUGACAAAAAAGUAGGCGUUUCUGAGGGGGAAAGUUGGAAAGUUUACAACGGGAGACUGAGGGGGCAAGAAAAAAAAAAGUUGGCAUAUUUGAGUGCUGAUGAAUUUGCCCUAAAUAGUUUGGUGUGCUUGGACAGGAACCUUAUGAAGAAGAUAUCCAUGCAUAUUCUCCCUUAACUCUUCAAAAGUUGAUGAUUUCACUUUAAAAAAAAAAGGUGGUGACUUUUAAAUAGCGUUGUCUUGAAGGAGGUGGUGGACUUAGUGGGGGACCAAAGAGAGGAGCUUCACUUUUUAGCUCCAUUAUUGCAAUGUCGUUUCAUCUCUUCCUUGGUCGUUUGUCUUGUCAAAGAAAACGAAAAGAAAA